GUUGGAGUAAACACAAACUCCUCCUUCCCGGUGACAGGCGGCAACACUGAAGCAUCGCCUCGCCUUUUCCCAGCACAAUCUGCGCUCAGGACUAAACGCCGGUGCCAUCAGAGGUGGCGAGCAGCAUCCUGUUAAGGCUUGUGGUGCCAAGCCGGCUGUUGCUCAGUGAGCCCCUGGAAGUGAAGUGCUAAGGCCCGAAAACUCACAGCCGCCUGGGUCCAGGGAUUGUCUCUCCUCACUGGGCUGUAAGAGCACACCUCGCUCCCUCACCUCCAGCUUCUCUCCAACCUCUCACUGAAGACGACAACAAUGUGACUACUGGUCUCUGUCAGAGCCAUGUGACCUGCUAUUAUGGAUCUGAGACUCCGCAUACAUUGAAUCAACACUCAUCCAGUCACAAUGGUCCCACUUCUGUUUUUGGCGGCAGCCACGACAACAUCCAAUUCCACGGGCAAUGGCAACCAUACAAAAGAAGACGUUGCAUCCCCCAGCCACCACAUCCUCCCCACCGUGCUGGUCCUGUCCCUGCUGCUGCUCAUCGUUGCGCUGCUAGCCUGGUACUUCCUCAGGUUAAAAAACCAGAGAAAAGCAGUCGUCACAACGGUCGACAAGAAGAUACCAAAUGGCAUCCUGGAGGAACAAGAGCAACAGACGGUGGUCCUUCUGCCCAGAUCCCCUUCAGCCUCUAAGACCUACUUCCCCAUCCCAGUGGACCAACUCGAGGAGGAGUACAGGCUCCGCUCGGCUGACGAUGGCAAGCUCUUCAGGGAGGAGUACAAUUCCUUGCCGGGGGGUAAUGCCCAGGGGACGUACGAGGAGGCUAACAAGGACGACAACAAGGAGAAGAACAGAUACCCCAACAUCCUUCCCUACGAUCAUUCCAGAGUGGUGUUGUCUCAGCUGGAUGGAAAUCCCUCUUCAGACUAUGUGAAUGCUUCUUACAUUGAUGGUUACACAGAAAAGAACAAAUUCAUAGCAGCACAAGGCCCAAAAGAAGACACCGUAGCAGAUUUCUGGAGGAUGAUCUGGGAGCAGAAAGUAGCAACCAUUGUCAUGCUGACAAAUCUGAAAGAAAGAAAAGAAGACAAGUGCUACCAGUACUGGCCGGAUCAGGGCUGCUGGACCUACGGGAAUGUGAGGGUGGCAGUAGAAGACUUCACUGUCCUCGUCGACUACACCAUACGCAAGUUCUGUAUUCAAUAUCAAGCCAGUGAUGCUGCUAAGACUCCCAGGCUCGUCACCCAGCUUCACUUCACCAGCUGGCCCGACUUUGGAGUUCCUUUCUCCCCCAUCGGCAUGCUCAAAUUCCUCAAAAAGGUCAAGGUGGUCAAUCCCCCCUUCUCUGGGCCGAUUGUGGUCCACUGCAGCGCUGGUGUUGGGAGGACAGGAACCUUCAUCGUAAUAGAUGCCAUGAUCGACAUGAUGCACGCAGAGCAGAAAGUUGAUGUGUUUGGGUUCGUCGCUAAGAUACGAGAGCAGCGCUCACAGCUCAUUCAGACAGAUAUGCAGUACUCAUUCAUCUACCAGGCCCUGCUUGAAUACUACCUCUACGGAGACACGGAGUUGGACGUGUCGUCUCUGGAAGGACAUCUGCACAAACUGCACAACACCUUUGCAAACGGUGACCGGGUUGGCCUAGAGGAAGAGUUCAAGAAACUGACCAACAUGCGAAUAAUGAAGGAGAACAUGAGAACGGGGAACCUCCCUGCCAACAUGAAGAAGAACAGAGUUCUGCAAAUUAUUCCAUAUGACUUCAACAGAGUAAUUCUCUCCAUGAGAAGAGGUCAGGAGUUCACCGAUUACAUCAAUGCAUCUUUUAUAGAUGGCUACAGACAGAAGGACUACUUCAUUGCCACCCAGGGCCCUCUGACACACACAGUGGAGGAUUUCUGGAGAAUGGUGUGGGAGUGGAAAUGUCACUCCAUUGUCAUGCUCACUGAGCUCCAGGAGAGGGAGCAGGAUAAAUGUUGCCAGUACUGGCCAGCAGAGGACUCCGUCACCUACGGAGACUACACAGUGGAGCUGAAGGGAGACACUUUGUGUGACACCUUCAGUCUACGAGACUUGGUACUCACCUUUGUCCCGGAGAAGCAGACGAGGGUGAUCAGGCACUUCCACUUCCACGGCUGGCCGGAGAUCGGCAUCCCGGCCGAGGGGAAAGGCAUGAUCGACAUCAUCGCCUCAGUGCAGAGACAGCAGCAGCAGUCUGGGAACCAUCCCAUUGUCGUACACUGCAGUGCUGGUGCAGGGCGAACAGGUACGUUCAUUGCACUGAGCAAUAUCUUGGAGCGAGUCAAGGCCGAGGGCCUGCUGGACGUGUUCCAAACUGUGAAGAGUUUACGCAUGCAGAGGCCUCAUAUGGUCCAAACUGUGGAACAGUAUGACUUCUGCUACAGGGUGGUACAAGACUUUGUCGACAUUUUCUCAGACUAUGCCAAUUUUAAAUGACGAGAUUUGCCUUAAACAUGGUUUUUAAUGUUGUUUUCUAAAGCUGGUUUGUCAGUUUUAUGGGUUUCUUUAACCUGGUCAAAUGAUCUAUUUUGCUAUGCACUUGUCCUAUCAUUAACGCCAUCCUCGCUGUAAUAUACUGUAUGUCAGUGGAUGAAAAUUGUAAAUGAAAAAAGUUAGAUUAAUAAUGUAUAUUUCACAUCAUGUAUGAUAAUUAUUUUGUCAUGAAGUGUUGUUUCAGACUUUGUCUCUUACUUCAGUUUUGUUGUAUAAUACUGUACUUUAAGUGUUUAUCUAAGUGUUAUUUUGGAUUGACCACGUAAUAUUUUUAAGAGUUGUAGUUAUUGUAAAUGUAUUUAUGUAUUGACGAUGACAUUCCAUUCUUGAGUUUGGAGAACACGACGGGAAUGUUAAGAUUUUUUUAUUUUUUUUUUAAAUGUAAACAUACAGUACAUAAUUUCAUUUAUUGAUGACUUCUAUCUGAGAUUAGAGGCGAUAUUGAGACUACAUGCCCAUCACGAAUGUGAUGCUCUUUCCAUUGGAAAUAUUGUCAGAAAGAGAAUGCAUCACGUCAGCCAUAAUGCCAAGAAGGUAAAGUUAUCUAACAGAGGCAGGUGACGAUACAGGGGCUUAUUUCUGAUGUGGAUUCAGGCAGAAGUUUCUCAGUUAAACGUAUCACAAAGUCAUGAAAUACCAUUAAACUGGUUUUGUACCUCAAAAAAAAAAAGUGGUAUGCAACUACGAUUAACAUGGAUGUAACAGUCUGCCUUUUGUCUGUAGACAGCAAAAAGUAUUUUGCUAAAAUGACUGCACAUUAAAAGCACAUAUAACCAAGCCUUUUGCCAAGAACCUGCAAUAUUCAAGAGUAUGUUUAUUGCUUUAUUUGUAUUAUAGAUUUUUCACAAAUCAGUGCCAUAUGUACUUUUUUAAGACACGGAAAAAUAGAACAACCCUGAGGUGAAGGCUGAGCAUUAAGAGGUGAUCGUAAGAAAAGGUAGGUGUAGUCGCUAAAUGCAGUAGAGUCAGUACGAUUUCAUGACAACCUGUGUCAGAUGCAUAGUUAACUCAUAGAAAGAAAUACUUAAAAGUUAAACAUUACAUGAAUUCUGUAAUGGCAGCAACCACAGUACACAGGUGGUGAUUCAGUGCCUGCUUAAUGCCAGAGCAACAAAAAAAGUCAUUAUCAAUGUUCAGUUAGUUCAUAACUUUUAGAAUCAUGGGUUCGUUUUUUUCUCACGUAGGUCAAAAUGAGGAAGCAGAAUGUUUUAUAGAAAAGAGUCUAAUAGUAUUUUAACUCAUAGGAAAGCAUCUGAAUGUGAAACAGCUUUUCUGUGCAUUUUGUCUAUGACAGUAACCCCACCAUCUAUCUGGUACUCCAACAUUAAACCAAAUAUUUGGAAUAAUUUGACCAAGCUCUGCUUUAAUCCUCAAUGAAAUGUGUGAUUUUGUUAAUGCUGUAUGUAAAUACUACACGACAAAAUGCUAACAUUGUGAAAGUGGCUGAGCAGCAAGGAUCUGUCAAGUGAUUUUUGUGCCGUCUGUCUGUGGGAGAUGUUGAGGUGCUGUACAAGAAGAGACUUAACAAAACAACCUGAGUCGAUUUUCCCAUGGCUUCUUUUCUGUCUACGCAUUCCUUUCAAGAAUAUGGAGGAAGCUCUGUUUUGACUACAGCUCUUUGCCUUUGCUCUCUGUGGAUGGUCUAUCCAUGUUUGGAUUCUUAAUGUCUUUCAAAUGCAAGUUGCAAUAUUAAAUUCAUCUGAAAAUGCC